AUGGCAGAACUCAACAUGACAGACCUUGUACUUCGAGUUAGAAGGCCCGACCAGCAACACGGAAGUACCGUUUUGGGGUGGAAAAGAAUCGGCUGGCCAAGUCUUCUGCCCGUUCUGGAGCGUCGCUCACUUUACCAUCAGCUGCCCGAAGAUGCACGGCGGAUAUCACCAGAGUUGAAGAGCAAAGCAAGGGAGGUUCUUUUGAAGCACAACCUAAUCACUGUCGACCCCUGGGGCGUGUCUGAGGAGCAGGUUUUGGUUGAGAACAGAUGGAACCAGAUGACCCUACCUGGAAGACCAACUCUCGUCAUGGUGAUCAAAUGGUCGGAUGAGAGGCAAGAAUCGAGACGCCUCGCAGCCCAGGAAAUAGCUGACUACGUCCAACACGCCACCCAAACAUUCCCCUACACCUUUUACGUCGAGAUCACUUCGGCAGAACGAGUGAACACGGUGUACUAUGAUUUCAUCAGGGACCGGACCCUCUCACGACAAUGGAAUGACAUCAGACACCGUGUUGUUGACUGUCUUCGCUCCAUGGAAGAAACGCGAGGCUACCUCACCUGCCUCGCGUUCCAGAUAUAUGGGUGCGAUCCAGAUUUGAGCAUGAACCCACCGACUGUCUAUAUCGCGGUGGAUGAUCGCUCUGACGAAAGAGGGUGGUAUGGUGUUGUUUCUGCUGUGAAGGAUAUACUCCGCGCAGCAGACGGGUUGAGCCAUGUCCAAGUCCAUAUAGAGACCACCAAAAAUGAUCUCUUAUCCAAUUUCGACUAA